AUGGUACUGGUGCGCCUGCACCGAGAAGAGAAAGCUCUCCACCACCUCCCCCACACGCACACGGCAGUACUGCUCCGUGGCGGGAUCGUGCAGCAGCUGCAGGAAGAUAUGGUCGCGUGGCAGCUCGUUAAGGAGAGCGUUAAAUAUCGCGCUGAUGCUGCCGCGCAGCUUGUCGUUGUACAGCUGCCGCAGCACCGACUCACGCCGCGCCAUCUCCACGACGGAAUUCACGCCGCUGGGGUGGUACGGCGCGCCCGUGCGCCGGUUUGA